AUGACUUAUUGGAAGGGAGGUCUUGGUCCAGACAUGGAGGACGGGACAGAAGACAGCCCCAGCAGCAAUGCGCCUACAGAGACGGGGGAGAACUUUACCAAGUGGCUGCAAACCCCAGAACCAUAUGUCAAUGAACGGAGCUCUUCUCCAACGUCUACUUCUUACUCACCAGAAAGCGGCAGACCUUCACGACCCUCCACUGCCCGACAGGAGGAGGUUCGAUGGCCCUCACGCAACCCCCACUUUCGGGCCAUCAGCGAGAUGGGCUUUUUUGCCUCGAGCAUACGCCGGCAGGCCCGGACAGCUGUCCCGGGGUCCCGCCUCCGGGUGACGACCUCCGCGCCGAGCCCCGAAAUGGAGGCGUCCAUGUCCCGGGUGGCGUCCCCGGUCGCGUCAUUCUACGUCGAGGGGGAAUAUACAGCGCAUCUGCACGUGACGACGGAGGAGGAGGAGCUGGUGCGGCAGAUCGGCGCGAAGCGCGUGGAGUUCAGCCGGCUGCACGUGCAGCUGCUGGAGAGGCUGCAGGAGAUGCAGGACGUGGCGCACGUGCAUCGGAAAAUGAUGCUCGAGCAGGACUGGGCGGAAUUUGAGCGGCUGCAGGCGGAGCGGAAAGCCAAGCAGGAAGAGUUGGACGGGAUUGAGCUGGGCCAGGCGGAGGCGUGGCGCAACAGCACCACUCUGAAGAUGCUGCUUAAGAGAAUGGUGGACCUAAAGCGGGAAAUGCAGGCAAUGGUGGCACUUAUGCGGGACAGCCGCGCCAAGACGGAGGGGCAGAUUGUCGAGACGAACGUCAAGCUAGCAGAGGCUAACCGGGCGAAGCAAUUGUCGCUUGAGGAGCUUGAAGAACUGAAGGCUAAGCAGGCGGAAGAACGGGAGCACCGUAAAAAGGAGCUCGAUUUCCUGCGGUUGGGCAUUGCCGACAUCAAGGAGAGCCGGAUGCGCGAGGUGCGGCGGCAGGAGAAGCAAGCGCAGGUCCUCGCGCGAAUGAAGAACGAGGAGAGCCAGCGGAGAAUGGAGCGACUGCGGCGGCUGAAAGCGGCGGAGGAGGGCCUGCCGCUCGGGGCGGAAGGGGGGAUGGCCAAGCUGGAAGUUCUAGACGAGGCCGCCCUCGCGGAGCGCAUUCUGGAGGCGACCGGCGUGAGCGACCCGAACCUGUUCCUGGUUAAGAUGCUAACCCGGGACCAGACCCACAGCACGCUGGAGCUCCAGAAAUCGCGCGCGCACGACUCGUUCGAGCGGCUGAACCAAACCCUCCAGACCCUCAUUCUGCACAAGCGCGAGCUGCAACUAGAGGGGGUUGACGAGGCGUACCAGAAGCGGUCGACGGGCGACAUCGAGAGCCGCAUGAUCAAGAGCGAGGCGCGGCUCACGCGGGCAAUCAGGGUUUAUCAUCAGGCGGUGGAGCUGAUCGCGCCCAUCCGCAGCGGCCUGGACGCGCUGUGCGCGCGCAUUCACCCAGGCUCGGGGCGCGAACCCGAGCGACGAAACUCGAUGAGCAUCAACGGGUCGAUGCUGAUGGGCACGUGGGCCGAAACCCCGAAACCCGUCACAGACGAGUCGCGGCAGCUGGAGGAUACGCUAUCCAAGAUGGAUACCAUAGGCGAUAAGCUGGUGAAGCUGAUGGAGAGCGUGGAUCCGUCCAGCGUCGCGUAUCUGGAAUCCAAUUCGCGGCGACGGUCCGCUAGACACUCCGGUAGCACCACGCCACGUCGCAGCUUUCGGGGCAGCCCGAAAACGCGCGCCGACUCGCAGAGCUUUACGGACCUCUUCGCGCAGUGGAAGCAGUCGGACGAUAAGGGGAGACCGACCCGAAAGAGCGACGAAGCCCCUCGGGGGGGUAGCGAUCCCACGAGCCGGUCCCCCCCUAGGAGGAGUUCGGAGUACGCCGAUCGGCCCCCGGUUGCUCAAAGGAGAAGCUCAGACUUUAGGGAUGAUCGGAAGAAGGGUCACCAGCGGAGGGCCUCUGACUUCACGACACAGAGUCCGUCCGGAGAGGACGGUCCGAAGCGGAGGAGCGCGGAUUCCGUUCGGAAGUCUAGCGAGGCGUCGCGGAGCUCGGACGGAGAACGGAAAUUUGAAUCGCUUCUUAGUCCCGAGGGCGAAAUGGGCACUGCGCGGGGCGUCACCGAAACAAUUUUGGAGGAAUUGGUGUCGGAAGUCUCGGGGCUGUCAGAAGAAAGCGACGGGAACGUCGAACGGAAGGUGAGGAUCUCGCACAGGCGGCGACCGCAAAAUGCGGAGGAAGUGAUGAUGUCGCCGGCGAAGGGAAUGAGGUUCGCCGAAGAGGAGGUGACCUCAGAAGACGGGGAGCCGAAACCGAUGCGCUCGAAGACGGUGUUGGAGCCGCAGGUGACGAUACAGGAACCCGGCCCGCCGUUCAACUUUGAACCGGGACCCCCCGGGAAAGAUGCACCAGCCCCCGAGCCGAGUGCGUUGGAGUCGGGGGUGCGGCGCGCAAUGCGGCGGCAAAUGCUGCAACAGAAUCGGGCUGCGGGUUUGGGGGUCGGUAUCGAUGAAAGAGGUGCGAGAAAGGCGAUUCUGCCCGGAACGCGGAUGCACUAUCCCCCGCCGGUUGAAAAGGUCAACAUGCCGAGGUUCAACAUGCGCGUUGCAACGCCGGAAGGCGUGCUUGGUCGCCGGCAGUCGCAGUGGUAUCGAAGGAGUAUGCAGGUCAACGGGGCGGCCGCGGAGGAGGAGAACGCGGCCGCGGACCUUGAGAUCGCGCGCCAGCGCGCGGAGUUCAAGCAGGAACUAGAGCGGCUGUCUGCGGAGCUGUCGGAGGAGUUCUCCGACGGCGCGCCCUCGCGGCCGCGGUCGCAUCUGCGCGAGCGGCUGAAUGGGCUGCUAUCGGACGGCGACGAGGACGAGCUGGGGUUCAAGCGCGACUUCGCGUCCGUCGAUCUGGUCGCGCUGCGCGAGAAAUUCUCGAAGGCCGCGGAACCGCGCAAGGGGAAGAGCCACAAGGCGUUCUUGAAGCGGAUGAUGCACAAGGCGCGGAUGCCGGAUCGGCGGAAGGCCGGAACGGAAAACAAGCUACUUGGGCAGUUGGAGAUUCCGGGGUUACAUUCAGUGUUGAACAACGCGGUGUCGCCCCAGCCGGCCGCGAGGCGGAAGCCACUUUACGAAAAGAAGUCGGAGCUCAAAGGGUAUAGCGUGAUUACGGAGAAAGAGCAGAAACGGAUGAUCGAGUUGCUACAGGACGUCCGCAGCAAGCCGAAGCCUCGCAAAGCUGGGAGACGGACGACGUCGCCCGAGAUAGCGCGUCCCGCCAUUCUGAAAAAGCUGUGAGAGAGUGAUAGGAAGCAAGUGCUGACGCCAAGAAUGCAACUGAAAGAGUAUUGAUUGGGCGCUUCCAGUCUCCAACCAUCUUGUUGGGCGGACUAACUUCCGAU